AUGAGCGCCUGCGCUGUGGCUCUGAUUGUUAUUGCCACCAUCUUGGGACCAAUAACGUUGAUUUUUAUGUCAGUUUCCUUCGGGACUGAUCACUGGCUGGAGUUUAGGGUCAACUAUGCCAAGAUUCCCGCCAAAGAGAAGGAUUCUAUCAAGAAAUACCCAACUGGACGCUAUUAUGUGUCCAGAGACCGGGGGAUGUUUCGAGAAUGUUACCCAGACAACAAUACAGAAUUUCUGCAAAAUGCGAUUGGAGUUGUGGAUGGAUACUGCUUCAACAUCAACUAUGACCAGCCAUCUGAUAAUGUCAAACGAUCAGAAAGUUUCAUGUCCAGACUACAUCUCAACAGAUGCUUUCUGGCAUUCUUCAUAAUUGCCAUUGUUGUAUUCCUGCUGGCCUACGUGUUUGGUCUCAUACUGUGCUGUAUGAGAGUGUCCAGGUGGGCAUACAUAGCUGGGUUAUGUGCCUACACAUCAGCUUUCUCCUUGGCUGCAGCAAUAGCAUUUUUCCAUGGAGCAGAAUACAUAGAGAGAAAUAAGCUUAACGGCGGUGAGAGGGCCAAUGAACAAGAGUUCUACCCUAGCUGGUCUGCGUCUCUUAAAGAAGCCACAGAACGCUCGUAUGGAUGGUCUUAUGCCCUGGCUUGGGUAGGCAUGAUCCUGGCAUCUCUUGCUGCAACUUUCUAUUCCCUGGCUGGCUGCUACAUCACAGGUGACCGUUACGAAGAUCGUGAAAUCCUAGAAAAGCACAAAGUUCGAGAUUAUCCAAUUGCUAUGGAGCCAGUGUACGCUGUAGGAGCUGAUCCGUACUACAACAAACACUAUGGCUACCCUCGUGCUUAUCUCGGACCUCUAGCACCAGAGUACUACGCUAGAUCUUACCCAACUAUUUCUUAUGGGGAUCCCCACAAGGACACCUGGCAGUGGAGAGAGAUUGAAAGCUAA